AUGGCACGAGGAGAGGCAUGGGACACGGAAGAAGAUGUUCAGCUUGCCAAGUCGUGGCUCGCUAUCUCAGGAGAUCCAGCAAUUGGGGCAGCACAGAAGUCCUCGGACCUCAACAAACGUGUGUACGCGCAUUGGCUGGCUCACAAGUCCACUGUCCGCCACGGAGACCGCUCGCCUCAAGCAAUCAUCUCUCGGUGGAAGAAAGUCUGUCCCAUGCUGUCCAGCUUCAAUGCAACCGUCGUCCAAGCGUUGAAGUCUAUCCCAUCUGGGUGGAACGAGGAUGGUGUCAUCAGCAACGAGCUAUACGCCAUUGCUGAUGCCAAAUUGCACGGUGUCGAACGCACAACAAUACUUGCCUGCUGGCGGAUCGUGCGAGACGCGCCGAAGUGGCGCGUGGAAGUUGAAACGGUUCAAGGCAAGCGCAAGGCGGUCGAACUUCAGCGCCCCGGGGGGACAAAACAUGCAAAAGCAGUCAAGCAAGCGCCGGUAGCGCUUGAUGCUCUGCAUGCUCGGUUCGUGAAGGCAUCAGAGGAAAAGGCUAGUAACAUGGCCAAGCGACAUCAACUGGCGGAGUUGAAGUUUAUGUUCCAAGUAUUUGCUCAAGAUCCUCAGUCCGAAGACGCUGUACUAUUCAACACGCAGUUGAGAGCUAAUUUGCUCCUUCGCGCCCGUCAGUUGCAAACGAGCUCGGUAGCGAACGUUGCUCGUUCGUUGGAAGCGGAGGAAUCUGCCGAGGAUGACGUCGAUGCAAUUGAUGCAAACGAGUAA